AUGGGAUGGUCUCGCGAGGUCGGUAGUCUAAACAAUGUAGUUGUUGUGGUUACAAAGGUUGUGAAUAAGAAUGAGAAUCAAGGUUGCAAGGGUUCCGCCAUUAUUAUUGGAUGUGAAAGAGGUGGAAAAUAUAGGAAACGUGACUACCCAGUUAGUCCUUCAAAAUGUAGGAAAGGGACUGGCACAAAAAAAUGUGGAUGUCCCUUUAAGUUGCGGUCGACUUGCAUAGCUCCUUCAAAAUGGAAUUUGGUUGUCAAAGUUGGACAUCAUACUCAUCCUCCGGCAGAUACACUUUUGGGGCAUUCGUUCGCAGUGGACAAUAUGGUGAAUGACUCCAUGAUUUUGAGUAAAGAUGAGGUCAGACCUACUGAUGAACCCAGAAAUAUUAUAGAUUUUACCGUGGAUUUUUUGGGAGAGGAACCAGAAAAAGAUGUAACUAUUUAUGAUGUUGAAUCAGUAGGAAACAAUCAAGAAGAGGAAAAUCCAGAAGAUGAAGAAGCGGAUGAAUAA